AUGAAUAAACCGUCUGUGAUAUCUCAUAUCUCAUUACAGAGAAUACGAAGAUAAGACUCUCAAUAAGGAAGAGAGCUUAAGAGAAGAUUAGAGCUACAAUGGUGACAUUAUCUAAUAAAUCUCUCAUGUAUUUUGAGGAUUUAACGCUGCCCACUUUCCAGGUUAUUGUAAUGUCUGGAAGCAUGGGAUGCGCUCGAUGUCGAGAAAGAGUUUCUCGAGUUAUUUCAAAGAUUGCUGGAUUAAGAGAGUACACAGUGGAUUUACACAAGAAACAAGUAAUUGUAAAAGGGGAUUUUAGAAAUGAAAAAAAGGAGGAAGAUGAUGAUGUUCAUUUCAGUAGUGAAAUGAAGGAGAGUUGUUAUUCUCUGAAAUUGUUCUUUAGAUCAUUUGUAACAACUUGCUUUAGGAAAACCUAUGGCUGCUUGUGAUUCACUUCUGUGGUUCAAUUCACCGCAAUAAAUUACUACUUAAUGCCAACUUCAGUUAAUCCUAAUCUGAAAACAUCAACUCCAAGAUUAGCAAAAAUUAAACUAGCAUCAACUCGAUCUUCCACCUUUGCCUCUUCUAGCUCGGGCUUGAUUGAUCUUUGGAAUCACAAUCCUAAGCACUCCAUUCUUGAUUUCUGCCUUGAUUUUGUCCGUCUCAUAUCGAGCGGAAUCAAUGCAGAAACUACCGGAGAACUUUCUUAAACCAUAAGGAUGAUUGGACUCAGUUCCCCUCCACAAUUCUUCACCACUGAAAUGCAAUUCUUCCUUCUUCAUCCAAACCCUCAAUCCGCUCUUUCCAAUACCAGGCAUAUCAAUCUUGAAAUAUCGAUUUUCUUCAUCUUCUCUGUCUUCAAAUGGAAAUAUACUUCCCUUCUCUAUAAGAACACCCGGACUAAGAGCCUUACCCAGCUCUUGAAGAGCAAGAAGAUCUAGAAAGCAAAAUAGAAUAGUUUAUAAUUAACAACUUCAAUAUCAACAGUUUAAAGAUAGCAAGAACAGGUUGAGUAAGCACCUGAAUCUUUGAGUUCCUUAAAAUCCUUGUGGAGUGUCCUUAACUGCAGAGCUGCUUCUUCAGCUUUGUUCAGAGUACUCUCUAAUCGAUCGCGGAAGGAUUUGGAAUUGGAGUUGGUGUUGGUGUUCGAGGAGGAGGAGCGACUGGGAGUGGAGAAUCGAGAUUUUGCGAGGCUAGAAUGGGUAAAGCCAUGGAAGGUCGAGUUGGGCAAGAAUUUUGAAACGGUGAUCCUGAAACGUGAGAGCGCCAUUGGAUUUUGAGGAACGAACCGAACUGUUUACGGAGGGAAAUUACUCUUACGCAGGCGAGAACUGAUGGGCUCGUUUCUAGGUUUUGCAAGCAAAUGUUAGCCAGGUAGAUGAAGAUAUGUGUCGAUUUUUGGUUGGGUAAUUUUCUUUAACCAGACGGAGGAGCUACUACUACACGUACACGCUGUACAUUAUAAACUCUCUGAUUGUUGAUAUUCAAGAUUUUUUUUUUUUUUUUUUUUUUUUU